UAAAUUACCUGCGAGGCUCUGUGCUGCUUUGACCAGGUGUGGCCGACAGAGGUCGCUGUGCGCUUUGGCACAUGGAGCCACCUGGGCGUUAUCUCUCAACCUGCUCGAUCGAUAAUCAAAUCUCAGUGUCACCACCAGCCAGACUCAGAGCGGCUCACUUCUGGACAGACUCUCCUUAAUCAGCCAGACUGACUUUACCGGAACAAAGAAAUAAACUUAAAGAGAGGAGGUCCGAUUAAAAAAAAAAAAAAGGGAAGAUCAAUUAGUGCGGAUUGAGGAGGAAGUUGGAGGUGUGUAAUGGGUUAACGGCGGAAGGCCUCGCCUCACCUUUAGUGCGCGUCACCCGGCUCCGUGAAGUGGUCCCUCCAUCCUCCCGGAUCCCGAACCAAACGGGGGAGAAGUCGCCGCCUCUCGCCGCCGCCAGACGCGCUCCCUCUCCCCGCUCUGCCUCCUCAUCCUGCCGGUCUCCGCCCCGCCGCUCCAUCACCACACACACCCACAAGACCUCGGGAAUAAGAGUGAUUUACCGGAACCAUGAAGGACCGCAUGCAAGAAAUUAAACAGGGGAAAGAGACGACGGAGGAGGAGGAUGAAGUCGCUGUCGGGAUGGACAAAGGCUUCAUGGACGAAUUCUUUGAACAGGUGGAGGAGAUCCGGGGUUUCAUUGAGUCUCUGGCAGAGAAAGUUGAGGAGGUGAAGAGGAAGCACAGCGCCAUCCUCGCCUCACCGAACCCAGAUGAGAAAACUAAGGCUGAGCUGGAGGAUCUCAUGGCAGACAUCAAGAAGUUGGCCAACAAAAUACGCUCCAAAUUAAAGAGUAUCCAGCAAACCAUCGAGCAGGAAGAAGGCCAGAACAGGUCGUCAGCUGACCUGAGGAUACGCAAGACACAGCACUCCACACUGUCCCGUAAGUUUGUGGAGGUGAUGUCAGAAUACAACACCACCCAGUCGGACUACAGGGAGCGCUGCAAGGGACGCAUCCAGAGACAGCUGGAGAUCACUGGAAGAAACACAACAAACGAGGAGCUGGAGAGCAUGUUGGAGAGCGACAACCCAGCUAUCUUCACCUCGGGGAUCAUUAUGGACAACAUCACUGAGCAAGCUAUGAAUGAGAUCGAGACGCGGCACAAUGAGAUCAUCAAGCUGGAGAACAGCAUCAGAGAGCUCCACGACAUGUUCAUGGACAUGGCCAUGCUGGUGGAGAGCCAGGGUGAACUGGUGAACAACAUUGAGCGAAGUGUGCUGAACGCCCAUGAAUAUGUGGAGCAGGCGAAGGACAACAUCCCCAAAUGCAAAAAAUUCAAAAAGCUUGGCAAACGGAAGGUGAUGCUGAUAGGAGUUUGUGUUGCAGUGUGUCUCACUGUGCUCAUUAUUUCCCUCUCAGUUGGACUGAGUUAAGCGGUCCCCACAGAGCAGACAGGGCAGGAGGUGAUUGGGUCGUAUGUUCGACCUUUAUAAUGUACUGUAUAGUGGGAUCUUUGCUGCAGUUACUUAUAAUCAGUAACUGUAGCAAGCAGACUAACAUUACUGCCCUGAAGGCAGUCCAAUAGUCACUGUGCACUCAGAUAUUUAACAUUUUUUUACAAGUUUUUUGUACAAAUAACAGUGACAAGCCUUGAGAAAGUAAAUUGUGCUUUUUUUUCAUGUUUGUGUCAUGAUUCACAUACUGAACUUUUGUCAUUUGCAUGUUGUGCAGUUUGCUGAAGAGUUUUGCAUGUUUUUCUACGAACACAAAGCUGUAGAUAUGUUUUUUAUGUUAAUCAAAAUAAAUGUGUGUUGAAUCAAAGAGCAAAAUCAUUUUCACGGUCCACAUACCUCAGCCAGCCUCUCACAGACUAACAGAUGUAUCCAACACUGAGAAUCCUGCUACUGUUUUAUGAAUCCAUCAUGGUUUUAAAAAUAUAACUUUAACUGUAUGGAAAUGUAAUUAUUUGCUUUCUUGCCAAGAGUUAUGUGAGAGGAUCGAUAAAAAAAAAAACAUGUAAAAAGGAGAGGCUGUGGUUUUAUGUGUUGGAAUUUUUCUUAGCUUGGAGCAGUUACUUUUGAUGUCAUGCACAUAAAAAUAACUUUUUCUUGACUUUGUAUGAUAUAUUUUCAAUCCAAUCCCUAAAGAAAAAUGCUCUUUGGGCUUCAGGGGAUUUUAUUUAUUAAUUGCAGUACAACAAAUUGCCACUAGAACAAAUAACACUUUAACUAGGGAGCUUAAGAAGUGCUCGUAGGAGGCUUUUGUUACCUCUGGACAUAUUCAGGCUAACUGUCUCUCCAUACUGUAUGUUCCCUCCUACUUUCCUCAUGGUAAGCUAAGCUAACCAGCUGCUGGUUCCUGCUUUUUAUUACUGUGCAUGGCAGAGGUAUCCUCUCGUCUAACUAUUGUCUAAAGUGAAUGAGUGAUAGAUAGAACAAAAUUUAAACUACAUUACAUUACAUUACAUGUCAUUUAGCAGACGCUUUUGUCCAAAGCGACUUACAAUAAGUGCAUUCAACAAACUAUAUAUAUAUAUAUACAUAGAAAUAAAGUAGAAACCUAUACAGACUCAAAAAAAUAGACAAAAACUUAAAAAUAUAACUAUUAUUGCACAAGUAAGUGACAAUAAAUUAGGUUUGAGGUGUAUAAGGCAGGAAUGACUUCCUAUUGCAUGGGGUUUGCAUGUUGGACAUUGAUGCAUAUGAAUGUUGCAGAAUGCAUGCUCAAAACACGUUUUACAUUGUGUCUUUGCUUUGAAGUCACUGUGUGGAUUUUUACAGAAAAAAUAAACAAUGCUAGUGAAUAUCGGCUCAGUUUUUAGAUUGCUAAGAGCUUAUUUGUGAGGGUGGCUCCAUGUGUUAUCCUGUGUACUGCCACCAGAUGGCUCCAAAAUAAAGGGUUUCCAUAUCCUCAUGAUACUGGCCACCAUUUUUUUUUUGUGUUUUCUGAAUAAAAAUGACAAAGGCCAUUAUUUUAACAGUAUGUUGACAUUCUACACAUAGUGGCUUUAAAUGUGCAUAUACUCAUUUGUGACAUGUGUGAUUAAACUGUAUGUUGUUUAAUGUGGUGGGAACAAAAUGCAGGAACCAAAUAUUUGGUUUUAAAAGUAGCGGAUGUGCAAGCCGAAGUCACACCAACUAAUCUGAAACAUUCAAAUUAAAUUGUCCUUCUCCAAACUGCAUUGUGUUUUUCUACUUUUGCAUCUAAACUGCAUUAUGUUCCACUUAUUAUAAAUAUUGUAAUGUGUAAAAAAUAAAAUACAAGUUCUAUCCCUAACAUGUUUUUCUCUGCUCCCCGUGUGCUGCCAUGGAUGACUGUUUUUCUAUUCUUGUUAAAAUUUUAUAGAAGAAAAUUAUGAUUAUUAUAUGCUGUGUGGUUCUGGGAAUUGUCAUUGCCUCUAUUGUCGGGGGAACGGUGGCCUAAACUUCAACCACAGUCACAAUAAAAAGACACACAGUCAAACACACAACAGAGCAAAAACACGACAGAUUCACAUUUCAGUUACAUGUUUUCAUGAAUGCAAUCUAUUACACGUUUAGCGCCGGUGCAUUACAAACUGUACGACACGUUUUACUGGCAGCGUACAGGCCCAGAGGUGUUUUCGCAUGAGUUGCUAUUUUGUAAAUGUGUGGUGCUGCAAACUGUUUAUAUGAGUGUUGAGUGUUGUCAACGAUAUGAUGUUUCCAAAAGUGAAUUAUUGAAUGAAAAAAAGUUACUAAAUUAUAUGUAACACUAUAUGAAUACAUUCCAACUUCCAAAUAAGACACUUAUUCAGUUGUAAUGUCUAUUUUGUGUUGUACAGGGCCACUAAUCUGCAGUGUUUUCAAAGCCACGUUCUCUAUAAACCUGUUUAUUUAUAUUUUAAUUUACUUUUGACAGUCUCUCUCUGGUGUCCUCUACCUCCCUUCAAAAGCCCUGCAUGGUUUAGUUAACUGUAAAGUGGUGUUUUGUUUUCUAUUGCAAAAGGGAAAGAAGACAUGUUGCUUGUAGAAUCAUCACAAUGCCAAACUUUUCUAACGUCAUCUGUUGUAGUUUACAGAAGCAAUGCUACUGUACUUUAAUCUUCAGUCGUGCAGCAUUUCUUUCCGUUGCUCCAGUGUUGAGUGUGAGCUUGUGAAUGAAGAUGUGCAUAUUGAUUUGUAGCUACAUGUCUGAACGUGCCGAGUGCGAGUGGUGGGAUGACAGCGAGUGUGUGUUAUUAGCCACCUGUGUCUUUGUUUUGUAUAAAGUGUGAACUGAUAUAAAGCUCUCUAACACUGCCAGUAUGUUCAAAUAAGCUGUUAAACUGGAGUCUAGUCUGGUUGGAUUGAUAAUUCUGGUCUUUGAGUGACAAACCCUUGUUGUUUCAUGUCUUUUUAUAAAAUCCCAAGCUUUAAACAGAACAUAUCCCUCUGUCAAGCUGUUUAUUUUUGAGUGAACACGAUGAGUCAGUGAAAGCGUCAGCAUGAACUCAAAGUAGCUCUGUAGAAGAUUCAUCAGACAUGCACAGACUGCAACAAUGUUACCAUGUUGCCUACUCAACUUGUUGCCUUCGUGUUGUAUUGUAAUGACAUGCUUUUCUUUCUUUCAUUUGUUUUGUUAUGUUUUGUUUUUCAAGUAAAGUUUGUCUCAAAAAUCACA